UCUCCAGCAAAUCCGCAGUGAAUCUUGAACAACGCAAAGACUAGACUGGAGCCUAGGAACAACAGAGACGAUGGCGGCCCAAGAAACAAACACCACGAACGGCACUAGCCAACCGGCGGACAACCGCGUUGUCUUUUUCUUUGACAUUGACAACUGUCUCUAUCCCAAGAGCGCCAAAGUCCACGACCUAAUGGCCGACCUCAUUGACCAGUACUUUGCCCGCCACCUCAACCUACCGUGGGAAGACGCCGUCCGGCUGCACAAGGAGUACUACCAGAACUACGGGCUGGCCAUCGAGGGACUGGUGCGGCACCACCAGAUCGACCCGCUCGAGUACAACGCCAAGGUAGACGACGCGUUACCCUUGGACAACAUCAUCAAGCCGAGCGACGCGCUCAAGCAGCUGUUGGCGGACAUUGACAAGAGCAAGGUCAAGCUGUGGCUGUUUACCAAUGCGUACAUCAACCACGCGAAACGGGUGGUCAAGUUGUUGGAGAUUGAAGAGUUCUUUGAGGGGAUCACGUACUGCGAUUAUAGCCAGACGCCGCUUAUCUGUAAGCCGCAUGAGGAUAUGUUUAGAAAGGCGAUGCGGGAGGCGGACGUCGUGGACAGGUGGGGGGAUUGUUACUUUGUUGAUGACUCCUACUUGAAUUGCAAAAAGGCGCAAGAGCUGGGGUGGACGACGGCGCAUUUGGUAGAAGAGGGCGUGACGCCACCCAAGACGCCGGCGUCCAAGUACCAAAUAAGCACUCUGCAGGAGUUGCGGACGGUAUUCCCAGAGCUCUUCAAGAAGGAUGAGGAAUGAGGUUAGAUAGGGCAGUGGUGUACGGCUUGGCACUAAUAGAUCAUAUAGGCAGAGCAUGGAGUUCAACUUUGCAUAUAGAUGGCUGCGAAACUUGUUUUGUUUCCCU